AUGAGUUCAGCUACUGUUGAUUUUGGGAUCGGACUGAUUCUUAGUCUCCUGGAAAACGAGACCUUGUUGUUGUCAGGAGUCCAUGGCGAGAUUGAGAAGAUGAAGGAGUUGCUUAUCAUGAAGUCUUUUCUUGAAGACACCCAUACACAUGGUGGUAAUGGAUCCACAACAACAACUUUUCCAAACUUUUGUGACAAACACGAGAUUUGGCUUACCAAGUGGAAGACAUAA